AUGGUUCACAAGUCCCGGAACGGCGGGGUGUUCCCAGACGCCCAAGCCGACCAGAAGAAGCUGAAGGUGGGCUUCGUUGGGCUGGAGGCCGGGGGGACUGAGUCUCACCGAGACGGAGCUCUGCUCAUAGCCGGGGGGGACGAGGCCCCACGGGGGUCCCUGCAGCCCCGUCCCAGCGUGUCGGGGCACCGCCGCCCCCCCAAGAGGAGGAACGCGCUCUACCGCCGGCUGCAGAACUUCCUCUACAACGUCCUGGAGCGUCCGCGGGGAUGGGCCUUCAUCUACCAUGCCUACGUGUUUUUGCUGGUUCUCUCCUGUCUCGUCCUCUCUGUGUUUUCUACCAUCAGAGAAUAUGAGAAAAGUUCAGAGGACGCCCUUUAUAUACUGGAGGUGGUCACCAUCGUGGUGUUCGGGGUAGAGUACAUAGUGAGGAUCUGGGCGGCCGGCUGCUGCUGCCGCUACCGAGGAUGGAGAGGAAGACUCAAGUUCUCCAGGAAGCCCUUCUGUGUCAUAGACAUCAUGGUGCUGAUCGCCUCCAUCUCGGUGCUCGCCGCCGGGACCCAGGGGAACGUGUUCGCCACGUCCGCCAUCAGGAGCCUCCGCUUCCUGCAGAUCCUCCGCAUGAUCCGCAUGGACCGCCGGGGGGGCACCUGGAAGCUACUGGGCUCCGUGGUCUACGCCCACAGCAAGGAGCUGAUCACAGCGUGGUACAUCGGCUUCCUGUGCCUGAUCCUGGCCAGCUUCCUCGUCUACUUGGCGGAGAAGGAAUACAACGAUCAGUUUGAGACGUACGCCGACGCCCUCUGGUGGGGCCUGAUCACCUUGACGACCAUCGGCUACGGGGACAAGUGUCCGGUCACCUGGAACGGACGGCUGCUGGCUGCCACCUUCACCCUCAUCGGAGUCUCCUUCUUCGCCCUGCCAGCGGGUAUUCUUGGCUCAGGCUUUGCGCUGAAGGUCCAGGAGCAGCAUCGUCAGAAACACUUUGAGAAGAGACGGAACCCUGCGGCCGGGCUCAUCCAGGCUGCCUGGAGGUUCUAUGCUACUAAUCUGAACAGAACCGACCUGAGCUCAACCUGGGAACACUACGAGAGGACCUUCAACGUCCCCCUCUAUAGGUUGAUUCCUCCUCUGAACCAGAUCGACCUCCUGAGGAACCUGAAGAAUAAAUCUGGCCUCUCCUUCAGGAAGGAGGGGCAGCUGGAACCAUCUCCAAGUCAGAAGGUUAGUUUGAAGGAGAGGGUCUUCUCAUCUCCAAGACAUUCAGCUGCCAAAGGAAAAGGUUCUCCUCAGGGCCCCGCUAGUGCGGGUCCUGGAGGCGCCCAGGUCCUGGCCGGGCCCCAGGCCCAGAAGAGCUCUCCCAGCGGGGACCAGAUCCCAGCGGAGAGUCCCAGUAAGGUCCCCAAGAGCUGGAGCCGCCAGGCCUUCAAGAUCCGAGGACUUGCCUCCCGCCAAAACUCUGAAGUGCUGAUAGAGAUGCAGGAUGAAGACUUCAGACACAAGGGCUCCCCAGACACCAGCCUAGCGGGGGAGGCGGGGCCGGGGGGGGAGGCCCUGGGGGACGACACUAAGAGCUGUCACUGUGAGUUCGUUCCUCAGGACCUGACCCCCAGCCUGAAGGUCACCAUCAGGGCCAUCUGCAUCAUGCGCUUCAUGGUCUCCAAGAGGAAGUUCAAGGAGAGCCUGCGGCCGUAUGACGUGAUGGACGUCAUCGAGCAGUACUCCGCCGGACACCUGGACAUGCUGGCCCGCAUCAAGAACCUCCAGACCAGAGUGGACCAGAUCGUAGGCAGGGGCCAGCAGCCCACCGACAAGGACCGGCCAAUCCCUGACAAGGAACGUCCCAAAGCAGCCAAUGAGGAGAGCACUGAGGACCCGAGCAUGAUGGGACGCCUGGGAAAGGUUGAGAAACAGGUGUUGUCCAUGGAGAGGAAGCUGGACUUCCUGGUCAACCUGUACAUCCAGCGAAUGGGAAUCCCCCAGACGGAGACCGACGCCUACUUUGGCUCCAAGGAGCCCGCCCCCCCCUACCAGAGCCCUGUGGAUCACCUGGAGAGGAACCAAUCAGCCAGCGGCUGUCUCUGCAGGCCGUGCCCCAGUGACGUCGCCAACGUCAUUCGUUCCAGCUCCAUCCCCCUCCCCCCCUUCACCUGCCCCCCCUCCACCUCCUGGCAGCCAAUCAGCUCCCAGGUCCAUCAACAAGCCCUGCCCCUGAGCCAGCGAAGCCAAGGCAACACUCCCAGUCCGGUCGGAGACGGGUCCCUGGUUCGACUCCCACCUCCUCCCCCUAACGACAGGAGACCUAACAGACUGAGCGCUGGGGAGAGGGGAGGUGACAGAGGAGGGGAGGAGAAUGGCGAGGGGAGAAGGCAGAGGAGGGGAGAGAUAGCAGAGGAGGAGGUGUACAACGAGGAGCUGGAAGGCUCCCUCAGUGGCUCCUCCCUCUCCCCCGCCCAGGAGAACCAGGAGUACUGCCCCUCCUCCUCCGCACGUCCGGAGGGCGGAGACCGCAGCACUAGGGCCCGCCCCUUCAGUGCAGAGGACCAAUCAGACAGUGACGCUGAGCAUCCUGCUCCCUUACCCCACUCUGCUUCAGGAGAGAGAGCCUGGAACAAAAACAAGUAGGACCGGACUCAACCAGAACAAACUAGACUAGACCAGACUAGACAAGAACAAACCUGAUUAGACCAAAACAAAAUAGACAAGACAAGACCAGAACAAACUAGAUUAGACCAGUAUCAACUAGACCAGACCAGAAAAAAACUAGAGAAGACCAAACUAGACUAGACUAGAACAGACCAGACCAAACUAGGCCAAACUAGAGCAAACUAGACCAGCACAAACUAGAUUAGACCAGACCAGACUAGACGAGAACAGACCAGACCAGACUGGAAUAAACCAGAACAGACCAGACCAGACUGGAAUAACCCAGAACAGAGCAGACCAGACCAGAAUAAACCGGAACAGACCAGACCAAACUAGAAGAAAAGAAAAAACACCAGUUUGAUAAUGGCAGUUGAUAACAAACUUGCUCUGAAAGAAGAGAAAGUCAUCGUCUUCUAAAGUGUUGAAUGUUUGACAAGAGAUGGACAUGUGACACGCCCCCUCCACAGGGCACACCCCACGCCCUCCACAGAACACGCCCCCAUCCAAUGGCCCCGACCCUUAACAGGACACACCCCCUCCACAGAACCCUCAACCCCGACACACCCACUCCACAGUAUACGCCGCCUAUGCAGGACACGCCCACUUCACCAACAAGCCCCUACACAGGACAUAUAAUGUUCAUAGGACACGCCCCCUCUUCGCGGACACGCCCUUGACUAUAGGACACACCCCCUUGCCCCAGCCAAGUGGGCUCCUCUCACAGGACCUUUGGCUAACUAAUGGAUCAGGAAUGCUAGCAUCAUAGGAACAUCAGCUAACACUAAUAUGCCAAUGAGCACCAUACUCAGGUACUGCAGUACUCUUCUGCUGUCUAGAGCAGUCUAAUGGUCAUUCAUGGUGAUUAGUACACGUAUUUAGGGUGAUGUUAACUCACUUGCAUUUCAUCUUGAAUUAAAUUUUUCUGGAUUAGUUUAAU